AUGAUUAACUGCAUAGAUGAGAAACAAAGUAUCAAAUAAAAAAAAUUAGAAAUAGAAUCAUAGAAACCUUAGACAAAGGAAUUAAUAUUGUCUGGGAUAGAUAUGCAUACUCUGGUGUUGCUUUCUCAUCUGCAAAAGGACUAUAAUAAAUAGGUAGAUAAUGUGAUUCAGGAUUGCCAACACCAGAUAUUGUAAUGUAUUUAAGAGUUCCAAUUAAACUACGAAAGAAUAGAGGAGAUUUUGGAGUAGAGAGAUUUGAAAAAUAAGAAUUUUUCAUCUAAAGCUUAAGGGGUUUUUUAUAAAAUAGCUUAAGAAGAAUAAUUUAAGUAUUUUCAUCAAUUAUGGAAUUUGUGAAUGAUUACACUUAGAAUGGCC